UCAUCUAUUAUGCAGCACCUCUGGAUGUCCAUUUGGCGAGGGAUGCCAUUUCCUGCAUUAUGUUCCUGGGGGCUUUAAAGCUGUCUAUCAGAUGAUCAAUGUUGGUAGCAGUCCUGCUAUUCCACCAAUUGGUAGAAAUCCAAAUGUUCCACAAUCCUUCCCAGACGGUUCUUCUCCACCAGUUGCUAAGACCCGGUUGUGCAACAAGUUCAAUACAGCUGAAGGUUGCAAAUUUGGGGAUAAAUGUCACUUUGCCCAUGGUGAGUGGGAGCUUGGCAGGCCAACGGUCCCUGCAUAUGAAGAUACUCGCGCCAUGGGACAAAUGCAAAGCAGCAGUGUUGGUGGGAGAAUUGAGCCCCCACCUCCAGCUCAUGGAGCUGCUGCCGGUUUUGGAGUCUCAGCCACUGCAACAGUUAGUAUUAAUGCUACCCUUGCUGGAGCUAUCAUUGGAAAAAAUGAUGUUAACUCCAAGCAAAUCUGUCACAUAACAGGUGCUAAACUUUCCAUUAGGGAACAUGAUUCAGAUCCUAACCUUAGAAAUAUUGAGCUUGAAGGCAGUUUUGAUCAGAUCAAACAAGCCAGUGCCAUGGUCCAUGACCUUAUUCUAAAUGUGAGUUCGGUCUCUGGACCUCCAGGAAAAAACAUUACUUCACAGACUUCUGCCCCUGCAAACAACUUCAAGACCAAGCUGUGUGAAAACUUUACCAAAGGAUCCUGCACUUUUGGGGAAAGGUGCCACUUUGCGCAUGGAACAGAUGAAUUACGCAAGCCUGGAAUGUGAUAGAAAUUUUAGUUUGCAUUGUUUUUAGUGAGGAUUGAACUGUGCAGAAUUUUGUAGUUAUCUAUAAUUUUGCCAAUCACUUUUUCUAUUUUGCAAUAUGGUAGGUAACUAAUGGGAGAGUUUUACCCCAGCUUCA